AAAAUGGCUUCCAAAGAAGUCAAAAGUUUGCUAAAAAAUGCUCGUGAUUCAAUACGAAAUAAAGAGUACAAAGAGGCUCUAAAACACUGCAAGGCAGUAUUGAAGGUUGAUAAAACCAACUACAAUGCCUUGGUUUUCAUUGGUGUGUGUGCUAAAGAGAUGGAUCAGCCAGACCAGGCACAGGCUGCAUACAAACGAGCCAUUGAAUCUGAUCAAGACCAGAUUCUUGCUUGGCAGGGUCUUGCCUCACUGUAUGAAAAGGAGACAGGAAACCCAGGAUUUCAAGAAGAACUGCCAGGGAUUUAUAGAAAACUUAUGAAGCUGUAUGAAAGAUCUGACAUGGGAAAGUGGAAAGAAGUCAAUUUGAAGCUAACAAAUUCGUGUCAGAAACAAGGAAAAAUUGUGGAGGCUACUGAAGCAAUUGAACAACUGAUACAGUUAUCUGAGGACACACAAGAAAAAUAUGACUUGAAUUUAAAGAUGGUAGCUUUACUAGAAGGACAGGAAUCAAAAGAUGUCGCAAUCUUGUCCAAGUUGGUGUCUGUGCUUCAAACUUUGGUACGUGGGGAGUGGUCAUCGGCAAGUGAAAAUGAUGGCAUAGCAAACUAUACCAAAGAUAUCAAGACAUUAAUCACAAUACAGGAGACCAAAACUGGUGAAGAUAGAGAAGGAGACAGACGGCUUAUUCUAGAAGAGUGUAGGAAAUGGAGCAAUGCAUACCCAAAUGCUACAUACCCACUAGAAGUCAGGGGUAAAAUUUAUUUGGAGGAUUCAAUAUCUGAUACUAGUGCUCAGGUCCCUGAUGUAUAUCAAACACUCUGCCAUCUGGAUCCGAGUUCUGCUGUUGGAAAAAUAGGCCUUGGAUGGAGUUUGCUGAACAAAAAUGAUUUCAUUGAUGCACGAGCAUUGCUAGAACAGGGUUUGCAGUCCUACCCAAACUGUCCAGUUGGCUGGCUGUGCCUAGUUAAAGUACAACUUGCUCUUCAUGACUAUAGAACUGCUGAAAAAAGUGCCAGCAAAGGGAUAAAAUAUAUUGGCUCAGUUGGUGAAGAAAUACAAAGGAACCGCCUGAAUAGACUUUUAAGAUUGAAGCAAGCUGAUGCUCUAUGUAACCAAGGCUCUUCAAAAGCUGCACAAGCAAAAACAAUCUUAGAAGAGAUUUUACUGGCUAAUGAGGAAGAUCUAGAGGUGCUUACUAGCCUUGGAGAGACAAUGCUGGUACUGGGAGAUACCAAACAAGCUACAGAGUACUGUAACAAAGCAUUGAACAUUAACAAAUCAUGCCACACAAGUGUAGCAUUGCAGGGCAAGAUAAGUUUGGCAGACAAACUAUUUGAUGACGCAGAACUCAGAUUUCUAGAGGCCAUAGAAUUAUGUCCAGACUGUGCUCAUUAUUACUUCUUGUUGGGUAAACUGUACUGGGAGAUGAAUGGUGAUAUUCGCAACAAUAAAGACAAAUGUUUGAACCAGUUCCUCAAGGCAGCUAAACUGGAUGCUUAUCACUCCCCAACAUUUUUAUAUCUUGGUCAUUAUUAUCACGAAGUGCAGAAAGACCUAAGCAAAGCAUGUCGGUGCUACCAGAAAGCAUAUGAUCUUGAACCGCAAUGUGAUGAAGCCGGUAGUCACCUUGGAGAUAUGCUCACUGAACUUGGUAGAGAGGCUGAAGCUCUACAGUUAUUUACCAAUGUUACCAAUAAUGCUCCGGCGGGGGAAGCCAAAUGGGCCUGGAUCCGACUAGGAUUGUAUCAUCUUAAACAUGACAAGAACAACGAAGCUAUUAAUUGUUUUCAGAGUUCUUUACGAGCUGAUCCCAAGGACUCGCAUUGUUGGGAGUGUCUAGGAGAGGCUUACAUGAGUCGAGGAAGCCAUACUGCUGCACUCAAGUCCUUCGCACGAGCUUCUGAGCUGGAUUCAUCGUCUGUUUAUAGUCUUUACCAAAUUGCAACUAUAAAGCAACUGUUGUGUGUUUACGACGAAGCGAUCAAAGAGUACCAGAUGAUAUUGGAUCAACAGCCUGGAUAUGUGCCUGCCUUGAAAGGAUUUGGUGAGACCCAUCUGUGUCUUGCUCUUGAAUCACUGGCUCAGGAUUUCAACAAACGUGCUGUAGAUCACGUGACUCAGGGACUAACGGCACUGUCAAGGGCGGUGGAAUCAAGACCUAAUAUGUCAUGUUUAUGGAAGUUGAUUGGUGAUUGUUGUACUGUCAUUAACCCUCUACCAGACUGUAUUAUCAGCAUAAAAUUACCUGAAAAUCUAAACACGUUUUUAACAGAAGAAUGCGAGGUUGUUGGUAAAAGACAGCUUCUUUCUCUUGCUACAAGUGCGUAUACAAAGGCAUUGAAGUCCCAACCUAAGUGCUACAGCUUAUGGAAUGAUCUUGGGUACAGCUACUUCUUACAAGCCAAGAUAGAAGAAGGGGACCAAUGUAAGAAGUUAGCAGAAAGAUCAGUUCAAGUUCUGAAGAAAGGACUGACUCUACAGCGAACCAAUCACAAGCUAUGGAACACAUUAGGAGUUGUUUGUGCCUCAAAUCUUGUAAACGAUCCGGAGCUCAGCCAACAUUCAUUCAUAAUGUCAAGCAAGACUGAAACAAUCAAUCCAGUCGCUUGGACGAAUCUUGGUGUUCUUUAUCUCAAGCACAACAAAGUAGAGCCGGCACAUGAAGCAUUCAAAAAGGCUCAAGCACUUGAUCCAUCAUAUACCGAGGCAUGGGUUGGCCAGGCUUCAAUAGCUGAGAUUAUUGGUAGCGAAGAGGCUACUGAUUUGUUUAGACACACCUUGGAACUAGGAUCACAUGUAGAGGGUAGCAUAGGGUAUGCUCACUGGAUAUGUACGCACCUGACUUCAGGGAAAGUCCCCCAGGGUCACAGCCCUGUACCCAGCCUGUCUCAUUUACCGGAGGAGUACAGACGAGCUGUGACGCAGUCUUCCGUUUCCAUGACAAAAUACACAGAUCGUAUCCGUAGCACGGCCUGUGCGUACAACAUGCAUGGACUUUUACUGGAGCAUCAGUGUCUCUAUGUGCAGGCUGCUCAAGCCUUUGCGAGUGCUGUGCAGUUAUUAUUAAAGGAAAGCGACGCUAGACAAGAUCUUCUGAAUAUGGUAUAUAUCAACCACGCUAGAGUUUUGUGUUCACUUGGUCGUUAUGACGAUGCAAUCGAAACAUACCAGAAGGUUACACCGCUGGACAACUUCCAUGUGAUCUGUGGGCUCGCCCUUGCGUUUUACAUGGCGUGUAAACUACCAGAGAGCUAUCGAGCCUAUGACCAAGCACUACAGCUUGCUCCAUCAGACGCCGACAAAUCUUGUGUGUUAACCGCAAUGGGGAUGCUGGGAUAUGCCCUGAAUGACAUAGAUGGUGCGAAGGCGAUGUUGUUUAAGAGUUCCCAAAUGAAUCCACCCUGUGAACGCGGCCUGAUGGCACUGUGUGCACUGGGACUAGUCAACAAUGACUUGACGUUAGCUGGCGCAGCUUUGGGUGAACUCUUAAAGCUUGGCCAAAAAAUGAAAGACGUGAUAUAUGCUGAUAUUUGUUAUCUCUUCUCUCAGUUCUUCGCGAUGCAGGGAAGUGAAAUGGUUGGACUUCGACAUAUCUUGAAGGCAAUCCAUGAGCAUCCUGAGCGCGCAGUGUUAUGGCAACAAUGCGCCAUGUUCAUCAUCGAUAGAUGCCCGGAUAAUCUUCAGGUCGCAAUGCGAUGUGCAGAAGCAACAAGAAAAUUAAAACACAUUAGUGAAGAGAUUAAUGUAUCUCUUCAUCCAACGUCUUUGCUUGGCUCUGGCGCACUUCCACCAUCAUCACGUGGCGAAGAACAGCCAAUGACAACUGUAGAACUAAGAACAAUAGCAGCCGUCAGGGCAGCCCAGAGGGCCUUGCGCGCCCACCCUGACCGAGUAGAAAGCUGGGCCGUGCUAUGUGCUGCUGUCACAGCUCAUGGUAUUGCUAUGGAUACGGAGGACAAAGGAAAAGGAUUUCACAUGUUGACAUUAAAGAUUUCCCAGAUGACCAUGAAUAAAUGCCGCGAAGAACAGAACAUUUUGGAAUCCAAAGCAAAGAACCAACUCCCGAAUCUCUUGUUGUCCCGUAAACAAGAACUAGAGGGGUUACAAAGAUGGACUGUGCUUCAUACUGGUUACUCUAUGAUGUACUGUGGUCUGGUGAAAGAAGCUAAGGAACACUGUCAGCAGGCUCUCUCGGUUUAUGCAAAUGAUUCCCGGAUGAAUACCGCACUUCAUUUACUGAAGGCUCAGCUUUGUUUAUGUGGUGGUGAAGUUGACGAAGCUGAUAGUAUUCUGCAGUCGUCAGUGUUGUCUAGCCCUCACCAUCCUACUGUUGCAUGGCAGGUGUUGGCAGAAAUUCGCAUGAAUGCUGGCUCGCCCCUGGAAGCCGAGCUGUGUUACCGCAAGUGUCUUCAAGCUGGGACAAACAAAAGGUCUACUAACUGGCGAAUCGUUCCUCUUCUUCGUCUUGCGCUCUUAGCACUAAACCAGGCCAAGACUGAGUCCGCUGAACGCGAUCGCUGGCUCACCCUUUGCCAAGAAGCAUCGACUGAGGUUAUCAAGAUUGAUACAGACUGCUCAGCGGCACGACUCAUUCAAGGAAUUUCCUUCCACUUGCAGGGAAACGCAAGACAAGCCAGACGGUAUCUACAGAACGCUUCAGAGUCAAAAACCAGUGCGUCAACAGUAGCACAGCAGUGGCUAUCAGAUAUACAAGGCGAUAACAAGUAGGCAGGUGUAAUAGUUAGGUAUGAUAUGAUAAUCAUAGACCUUAUAUUGUUAUAAGAGUAGCACAGGUCAGUUCUGGGUUAGCGAUCAGUAACGCAGUCCAUUAACCCAUUAGAUUUGGGUCUCUGUCUGUCACACCGUGACUUAAAAAAUUGCGUGACAAAAGUCACGGUUGUGGCAUGUAUUCAAUAAAUCAAUCUCAUUAUCUCCUUCAAAUGGUGAUCGAACACUGACCACCAUGUGCUGUCUGGCAGAAAGAAUUCUAUUGAAAACUUGAUUCAGAUGAUGAAGAUUCCGCACGAGACAGGAAAUGAUGUCAGGUGAAAGGAAGCUCGUAAAAUCCCAAAUAAUCCUAGGUCCAUAGAAUGCAGAUCACCUUUUUUCCCAUAAGCUCUGCUUCUGUCACUUUAAUCUUGGCUUCAUUGGGUUUUUUAAAAAAUGCACAUUAAUUCAAGAAAUUAGGUUAUAUAAUAACUGGAAUGAGCUAGUAUAACAUAUUUUAUUGUAAUGUAUAUUACAUAAAUAAUAUUCAGAAAAAUAAAUAUCUUUUUUAUA